AUGCAUCCAAACCGACCCCCUGACAAACUGGACCUGAUCGGAACCAACCUGGAAGGUUCUGGAGUGAAGGAGCUCUGUGGUUUUCUACAGACUGAAGGCUGCAGACUGGAGACAUUGAGAUUGAGGAGCUGCAGUUUGUCAGAGACCAGCUGGACUUCUCUGUUCUCAACUCUGAAGUCCAAACCGACCCGUCUGACAAUACUGGACCUGAGAGGAAACAACCUGAUGGAUUCAGAUGUUCAGGAGCUGAACAAUCUUGUAGAUCAUCUAUGGUGCGAUCCACAGCAUGUCUACAGUAGAGCUUACCGUAAUUAUGACUGGUCCCAGGAAAGUAGAAAAUGGCAGGUUCAGAUCUCUGUGAAGUAGAGAAUGGUCUCAGUGUCCUGCUGAUCCUCAGAGGUUGAAGCUGCAGCAGUUUGAGUCUAAAGAGACUCUGACUGGAUCAUGAUGAU